CAGGGAGACAUAAGGGAUGCCAAAGGUCAGAGAGGCUGAGACUGAAGCAAGGAAAGCUGGACAAAGCAGCCCCUGUUUGUCCUGCCAAUGCAUGGAAAGUGCUUGUUCAAUGGUACAGACCCUUGCUUUGUGUCCUCCAUCACCUCUAUCAUAGACAUUUGGAAGCUGGCAAGGGGGAAAAAGCCUUCCAGAAGCUUCACAUCUGAAGAGCCUCCAGAAUGGAUCUUUUUAAUUUCCAAAGAAGCCAAUUGAGCAAAGGGAAGUGCCAAAGAGUGUUGACAUGCAAAAGGAAGGGGGGUAGCUUUCUUCUUCUUUUUCAAAUACUGAGCAAUGCACUGACUCCUUACUCAUAUACACAAAGAGGAACACAGGCAUCGGACAGUUGCACAGCUCAUCUGGCAAAGAGGGCACGUCCAGCUAUGGAUUGUGACUGCAUUUCAGCAAGAGACUUGGCAAAAGCAUCCAUGAAACCUAGGAAGAUUAUUUCACAAGGAGGAGAAGACUCUCAAAAUGGCCACCUCCCACCUGGUUGGCAAAGUUACAUGUCUCCCCAGGGCCGAAGGUACUACGUGAACACUUUUACCAAUGAGACAACUUGGGAGCGGCCGAGUAGUGUGCCUGGGACCCCAAAGAGCCCUGUGACCCAGAAGAAUUCCUUGCCUACAGUGAAUGGGUAUCACAUACCAGGGACUCUGGUUCCCCAACUAGAAUCAAGCCACAUGAGUCUCCGCAAAGUUGGCAAUGACCCCCAGAGUCCGGGGUCCCCAUCACCUACUCGGAAGCAGAACAAGGAGACCACCUUUACGAUAAACUGCGUGACUUUCCCGCACCCAGACGCAAUGCCAGAACAGCAGUUGCUGAAACCUUCCGAAUGGAGCUACUGUGAUUAUUUCUGGACUGAUAAGAAGGAUCCCCAAGGAAACAGUACAGUCUCAGGAUUUGAAAUUCUUCUCCAAAAGCAACUGAAGGGAAAGCAAAUGCAGAAAGAAAUGGCAGAAUUUAUUCGGGAAAGGAUAAAGAUUGAAGAAGAAUAUGCCAAGAACUUAUCCAAACUAUCACAAAGCUCCUUGGCUGCCCAGGAAGAAGGGACACUCGGGGAGUCAUGGUCUCAGCUAAAGAAAAGCCUUGCUGAUGAGGCAGAGGUUCAUCUCAAGUUUUCUUCCAAGCUCCAGGGUGAGGUGGAGAAACCCCUGCUCAACUUCCGUGAAAACUUCAAGAAAGACAUGAAGAAGUAUGACCAUCACAUUGCUGAUUUGCGGAAGCAGAUGGUUAGUCGGUAUGCAGCAGUAGAAAAGGCCAGAAAAGCGUUAUCAGAGAGACAGAAGGAUUUAGAAUUGAAAACACAACAGCUGGAGAUAAAACUCAGCAACAAGACAGAAGAGGAAAUUAAGAAGGCCAGACGGAAGUCUACUCAAGCUGGAGAUGAUCUCAUGCGCUGUGUGGACCUGUAUAAUCAAGCUCAAUCAAAGUGGUUUGAAGAAAUGGUGACCACCUCUCUGGAACUUGAGAGACUAGAGGUGGAGAGAGUGGAGAUGAUUCGGCAGCACCUUUGCCAAUAUACUCAGUUGCGGCACGAGACAGAUAUGUUCAACCAAAGUACAGUAGAACCUGUGGAUCAGUUGCUUCAGAAAGUGGAUCCAGCCAAAGACAGGGAACUGUGGGUCAAAGAACACAAAACUGGUGAUAUCAGGCCUGUGGAUAUGGAGAUAUAGACUGCUGCUGCUGGCUGUAAGUGGUGGGCCUCUCUCGCUCAGCCCAGUUGGAAGGGAGUCCUGGAAAGCGUCGAGAAGGAGGGACAAGAGAGAUGUCCCACUGUCAGCUUCCUUAUAUAUUUAUUAUUGCCUGUACGGACUGUUUCUGUUUCGUCCGUUCAUUCUUCCAAUCCCCUAUUGUGCUAUGCCUUAAACAUCAAACAUUCCAGGGUUGAGAAGCCAACUCUUUUUACUUCCUUUCAAAACAGGCUCCCAGCAGGUGUGGCUCAAAACAGUACCGCUGGACCUGUUUUCUGGGUGCAAAGAGAGUUUUGCUGUUUUGUGAUUAACUAUUCUGUGCUACUCUCCUUGCAUGAUGUUCUCUGUUUUGUGGAGUAACAAUAAGAUACAGGAAGCCUCUGCCAUACAUGAGGGGUGAAUUUGAAUGUGGAAACAGGGACAUGGUUGUGAACGUUGCCACUGAAUUUUGUAGGAGUAAGGAAACAGUUAGGAAGACUACGCCUUCCCUCCUCUGCUUUAUGAAACAGAAUUCGUAAUGCUUACCUACCUCACAGGGUUGUUGUGAGGAUAACAGUAAAACCUGUCCAUUGUUGAAACAGCAAAUCCAGUUCCCAAAACUAGAAAUGCCAUUGCAAGGCUGUAAUAGAAUGGUUUUGCUUAUUUCAGUAAAGGAGGUAGUGAGUUAGGAGAAUGUGGGCCCAAAGAACAGCUGCUUGGGUUGGCCCUUUUUGUACUCCCCCUCAGGUACUUCUUGGCUUCACUCCUCAAGCCACUUACUCUCAUGGGGACUUAUGGAUCACCCACACUGAAGAAUUAUAGCAAUUUGAAACCAUUUUAACUGUAAUGGCUUCAUCCUAUAGAAUUUUGGGAUUUGUAGUUUGUUGUGACACCAGAGCUCCUUGACAUAAAAGGACAAAUGUCUCACAAAUUACAAAUCCCAGAAUUCCAUGGAACUUAAUGUGUUGUCAAACUGCUUUUUCUGUAGUGUGGAUACAGCCUUACUGAGGAAAUGAGCUGAGAACUGUAACCAUUAUUACCCUCAAGUUGAAAGGAAGACCCUUCAAAGAAUAGAUUAAGGACACAUUACUUAGGCUUGAUUUUUGUACCACAGAUUUUUUUCCCCACUACCGUUAGAUGCUUUGCUUGCAAAAUUGUCACCAAAUCUCCAUAACUCAAGUUUUCAUUUAUCAUCUAAUCCAGUGGUUCUCAACCUGUGGGUCCUCUGAUGAUUUGGCCUUCAACUCCCAGAAAUCCUAAGAGCUGGUAAACUGGCUGGGAUUUCUGGGAGUUGUAGGCGAAAAUACCUGGGGACCCACAGAUUGAGAACCAUUUAUCUAAUGGCAUACAGUGUGCCAGCUGUGAGGUCAGGAUGACUUAGUCAGUGUGGCUUAUUUCAAAAAUGCCCAAUUGUUUUUGUCUUGUGCCACCUAAAUUCUUGUGCAACUGCCACUGAAAUAUUCAAGUAGAACUUGGUCUUGAGGAAAACUGAGUUCUACUUGAAUAUUUCUGUGGCAGUUAACAUGUUUUUGGCAGGUGCUUGAGCCUCUGCACCAUAGCAGCCAUUUUAAAGGGUGUUUCAGUUUACCAGAGAGUUUAGUCCAUGUUAAAUCCUUCCACAGGACUAAGAUUCAAGUACUCAUCAGCUUUGUUUUGGAGGACCCCAAAUCAGCACAAGUGAGUUGGAAACAAGUAUAUAAACCCAGCCAAAGAUGAAUCAUAAAGCCAUUUCACUGAAUCAUGAUGUUCCUGCAAGGACUUACUUGUUCAUCCUGAGCUCCUGCAUGUUGGAAGAAAACCAUUUGUCUUACUUCUUGCCUUGGUAUUUAUAUAAAACAAAUAUUUGUUUUAUGUUAUCAUAUUGCCUUUCAUUUUUUGUGCUGCCAAGUGCUUUGUUUGAUCAGCUGUCAUACACAAAUGGAGGGACCAGAGAGCCCUUGAAGGAAUGCAUUCGUCAGUAUUUGGACCAGAUUUCUUAUCUUUUCUCAUCAUCACUGCCAGAUAUAGUCAUAGUCUUUUUGAUUUCCAGAGAAUUAAGAGAGAUCAAAGUCUUUAGCUUUCAGAUGGAAAUAAGUGCUACAGAUCACCUGAGCUUCCAGAGCAGAGAUGAGAUUUGUUCUACUUGGAUCCUUGAUGUGAAAGGAGUGAGCAGAAAAGGCAUUGCAAUUAACUACAACACUCGCUUUAUCUCAUUUGAGUAGUCUCACAUGCUAUUCCCUUCUGGCCUGCUUAACUACAAACAAAGUAUUCCUUUUUUCAGUUGUAGUUUCAUCUCAGGUUGAUAAUAGGAAACACACUGUACUUUGUCUUUUCCCCGAGAAGCUGGCCAUGAAGGUUGCAAGAAGAACAAUUUAUCCUGUUGGUAUGCAUAGGGAAAUUGAGAGUUGGGCAGAUAACAGCACUGAAAAGAUUUCCAAGGCAGUCAUUCAAUUCCUUUUCCUGUUUUGAAACCAAAGUCACAUUACCAUAUUCUGUGCAUCAUUCCACCUUGCUUUUCUUCGAAACAUCCUUCUGUUGCCUUCCUUUGUUUUCAGACUUUCACGCUUGCCUGUUCCCUAAAGACACAGACCCUAAAGCAUUUGUCUUCAGAUUUCAGCCAAUGUUAAGCAAUGCUGGCUAUCAAAGUUACCAAAAAUAUUACACCAUCUCCUCUCUAUAUCUUAUGAAUCCAAUCUGCUAUGAAAACAUCUGGCUGGUCUUGUCUUUUGUGCUUGCUGCUUCCCAUCAAUUAACAGUUGUCUCCUUAUUGCUCCAUAUAUCUCCCUGUUACUGUUAUAUUACUCAGGUUUUUUAAAGUUAUUGAGAACUUAAGGCGCUGAGCAUACCACAGUUCUCUCUGCUUUGCCAUUGUCACAUUGAGGGAGGUGACAAACCAUUCUUUCCAAAGCAGUGCCAAAGAUUAUAAAGCAAUGUAAAAAAAAAUUGCUUUCUUUGUGAUCACCUCAGAUCGAUCAACGUCUUGCUAUGCUCUCUGACUAGCUUCUUGUCUUUUACCAUUUCUGUUUCAUUUCUAAGCUCCUUGUCCUUUAAACUGCAGUUAUUAAAAGACAAUUGUGUGUCCCUUGCGACAACUGCAUAUGUUCUUGAAAAUAUAGUCAGGAGACAGAGAAAAAGGAACAGAGGGAGAUCUAUCUUAAUUUUACCACUAACAUUGAUAUCUCUUAGUCCAUUGCUAAAACUGGAUCUACUGCAGUUGAAUAAUGCAGUUUCAAAUAGAUAUAAAACUUUUCCUUACCAUAUUUUAUAAAAUUUGAGUGAACAAAUAGCCAAAACCGUCCUCCUAAUGUAAUAAUGGAGUUUUGCUAGAUGUGAAUAUUUAAUUAUAGUUUCCAGCUAAGCAUCUUCUCAGUAACUUUCCAUUGUUGAUUAGCUAUGGUGCUUUAAGGUUAGAGUUUCAGUCCAGCAGUGUGUCCACAUUUAAACAUAUUUGGCUAGGAAACUUAGAAUGAGAGAACUACACAAACUAAUCACUAUGUGUUGCCUGCCAACAUUGCCAUUCUCUCUCUCGCUUUUACAUACAUACACAAAUAUAAGAAAUUCAGCAUGCUGAUGUGAUGUUCUUUCUCUAAACUUCAAGUAUAAAACUUCAUUGCUUUUUCCCCCCUAAAUUUCCUCAUCUGUUUUGGUGUUAUUACAAUGAGUUUCUCAUUUCAUUUUAGGAGGAAGUAUUAGUUGUUUUCUUUCUGUUGCUCUCUGUCCAAAAGUUUACAUUUAUGACAUGGCUUCCAAGCAUGGAGCAUCUUACGUUGUCUGUGCUUUUUGCUUCAGGGAAUUUUCACAUCAUAUUUAUCUUGGGUUUCAUUUGAAGAGCCAAGCACAAAAAGCCUGAUUUUGUUAAGAUAUCAUUUCUAGCCACAUCAUCUCUCUGCUGUUUUGCAUGUCACCCACUUCUUCAAUACUUGCCAGUGAGAAAAAAAAUUGACCUAUUUAUCUUUCUAGUUUCAUGAGAAAGAUGUUAUUGCUUUUGUGCAAUAUUCUUCUAAGUGUUCCAGAUUUUGUUCAGAGAAAAGAUAAGCUCUAUUGAAGAGAAUGUUUAAGAGAAGAUUCCAUAGCAAACAUUUGAUGACCCACAAAAGUUGUCUGGUGUUUGGCAGAUUUACUACUAAAACCCAGGGCAUGUAAAAAUACAAAUCCAUGUGAACAAAUAAGUGACCAAAAAACCUAGUCCAAUCAAUGUGAUCAGUGCCCAAAUGUUCCAGCAAGAUGUGCCCCAUCCACCCACACCACACCACCACACCCCCAAUUUUCCAUUUUCGCUGUGGCCAGUCAGUUGGAAUUCUGGUCCUGAGAGGGAGGUUCUUCCCCACUGAGGAAUUUUUCUAUACAUUGUAUGAGAGCAGUGGUUCUCAACCUGUGGGUCCCCAGAUGUUUUGGCCCACAACUCCUUGAAAUCCCAGCCAGUUUACCAGCUGUUAGGAUUUCUGGGAGUUGAAGGCCAAAACAUCUGGGGACCCACAGGUUGAGAACCAUUGUACUAGAGCAAACCUUGUGUUUCGCUAAGACAAGGGUGAGGAAAUAGCAGUCUGUGUGCUGUAUGUGGUCCCAAAUUCUGCUUAUGUGGCCUCUGAAGUCUAUGACAGCCCCUAAAGCUUGUCGGGUUAUUUCUUUUUCACCCUUCAAAUGGUGAAAAAUGCAAGCUAACUGCUUCCAAAGUUUUUUCCCCCUCUUCAAAUGUAUUCAAAAUAUCCUUUCCCCAUUACAAAUCUCAAAAUAGUCACAUGGCACUUUUAUUGUGCUGCGUGGUAUCGAUGCAGCUCACAUGAGGGGUAAUGGGGCAAGUAUUGGCCCCUCCACAGUUUCUGCUUCUGUUCUAAACCUAUUAAUACUUAUUUCUUUUGCACAGAUCCCAUAAAUAUGUGAGGUUGUUCUUAACUUGGUGAUGUAACAUAUGGAUGAUGCAUAUUCGUUCUCUAGUGCAAGUCGUCUUCCACAUUUUGCUUGCGAUUUUUUGUUUCUUAUUAUGUGACUUUUCAGCAGCUAUUUUUAAUUUGCUUUAUUUUUUGCCACUAACUCAUUCACUGUGUGAUCCUUCAAGGAGACCUCGUCUCCCCACACUUUUUAGCAGCAAUUGGUUUAAGUUUUUCCAUGUCCGGAGCAUACCAACAGCAGCUGGACCUGUUACAUAACCUCAGCACAGCCCCUGUCUCAGCAUAGCUCUUGUUGACAGGGCCACACACUUCUGUUGUUGUUAUCUUUAAAAAAAAUAAAGGAUACUAGACUCCGUGGAGAGUGGAGCUAGGCUAUUUAAUGUACUUUAUUAAUUUAGAGCAGGAAGGCUAGGAAUGUGAUUUUUGUAAUCAAAUCCAUUUUCCCGAAAAGAUAUUUUGAAUUUAUUUGUAUACUAGUGCAUGAAUAAACAAAACUGCAAUAUUGGUUUGCCAUGCCAGACAACCUAUACCAUUGAUUCUCAACCUGUGGGUCCCCAGGUGUUUUGGCCUACAAUUCCCAGAAAUCCCAGCCAGUUUGCCAGCUGUUAGGAUUUCUGAGAGUUGAAGGCCAAAGCAUCUUGGGACCCACAGGCUGAUAACCACUGUGCUGUACCAUGCCCCACACAUACCAUCUUCCUUUUUUUACUGCAUCUUAAAACAUCUCUCCAAUUAUUUCUGGGAUCUCCUUGAUUUGAUACAGGGAUACGCUUUUCUGUUGAUCCCUUGUUCAUUUUCCUUAGCAUUGGCUUGUACUACAACAGUUAGAUUUGCCUUUUUGUACAUGUGCAGUUGUGUUAAGAAGGGCUUAUUCCCCAGUUAGUGUGCUUGGAUUUGAGGUCUUUCAGUUGUUAAUGCUCUUUUGCUAGAAAUGUGUGAAGUUUUCCCAACAAGACCUGCUAAAUUCUUAAAGCGAAAUGCUUUCCAUUUCAAUGCCAGCUUUGCAGAUCAUAGUGACUCAGGUCCAUUCCUUAAAAUGACCAGACAUUCCUCUGCCAAGUUUCUCUUUGAUCAGCUACAAGGAAGCUCUUCUUCUCUGCUCUUUCCCUCACUGUCCAAACAACAGUGAAGAAACAAUGAAAUAAUGAAAUAUUUCCAGUUUAUCUAUUUUUCUUCCUUUGUGCAGCUGAGAAUCUCUGCCCGUACCCAGUGUGUUAAGUUGUUAUGGAGUGAAGCAGGAAGAAAGAGCAAACUUUCUAUUACUGCCAUCACAGACAAUGUGAACUUGUUUUAGAUUUCACUUGACAGUUCUUCUCAAACUGCCUUCCCAGCUGCUUUCUUCUGGCACGCUGACCCUGCGUUCUGUUAUUAGCCAGGCUCUAAUGGAAAAAAUGUGCAGAAGGGCAGCCCGAAGGAUGACUGUGCCUCACAGAAGGGCUUGCACUUGACCAGCAAUUUCCUUCUGAAAAAGGAAGGCAUGACAAGAUGCACACAAGGCCAUCAAGUGAGGACAAAAGAACAACGGGGUAGUCUUGGAAAUUUAACAGGAGUCCCUGUUGUCCAUUUUGAUGGGAGUGGAGGAGCCAAUUGAAAGACUCUUGAAACAUCAGAGGCAAUUAACAUGCACAGCUGUUAGACGUGCGAUGUUUGAAAGUCAGGGUUAAAAGGGUUUGCUACAUUCAUAAGUGAUUGCAUGAUAAUUGCUAGCUAGGCAGUCUUUAGUGAGCCACUAGAGCUAAUUUUGCUUGCCUGUCGCAAAUGACAAAUAAUAGCUCCAUGCUAAAUGCCCUGUUCUGUACAAAUUUCCUUGGUGUCCAGGAACAGUCAUGGUCAGACUCAGAAUACUGAUCAUUGUUCUAAGCUUGUUUGGGAGCUGCUGGUUUAAGGGCCGGUUCGCCUCCUGUUAUAACCUGCUUGAAAAUAUAUUUAACAAAUAUAUCGAAUUCAGUGGCUAGGCUAUUAGUGUACUUUGGAGCAUUGAACAAGCAUAGCUUAGGAACUGAAGAUAUCCUUGAUGCCCCAUAUUGGUUAUCAAGCAGAAAAAUAAUAUAUUUUAGAUCUCAUGAGAAGCACUUUUCAUAGUUUGUGGUGGAUUGUGAAUAUUUUGAUAUUAUAAACAAAUUUUAAUAACCAAUGUGACUAAGAGAGUUGCAUUUAAAUGCAGAAAGCAGAUUUUGCAACUACUAAUUGCAAUAAAACUCAUGAAACCUAAAAAGUUUGUUCUUGUUCUUUGAACUUGAGUUGGCUUAAUAAAUGUAUUACUGUAAUGUGUAUUUUGAGCUGAUUCUAAGCCAACUCAAGUUCAGAGAACAAGAACAAACUUUUUAGGUUUCAUGAGUUGUUUGUCAGACAACAUGUUACGAGGAAAAAGCAACCCAGACUGGGAGAACAGUCACUGGUCUGACUUGUUGAUGAAGUCAUGAAAUAGGACCUCUUACCACCACCCCCAAAAAAACAACAACAACAUUGAAAUGAGCACUUCUGAAUUGACGUUUCUGAUCUUCAAUAUCAGAAUUGUCUAAGGCUUAUUGUAAAAAAAUGAAGCCAUGGAAUGUCUUUUUUAGAUUAUAGAUCUUUAAAUAAAUUGAUGAGAUGGAUUUUUUGGGAGAUGGUGCUUUUCCUCAGACUGAGGCUGGAUCUAUACUGCCCUAUAUCCCAGGAUCUGAUCUCAGAUUAUCUGCUUUGAACUGGAUUAUAUGAAUCUAUACUGCCAGAUAAUCUGGGAUAAACAGAUUUGGGAUCAAAUCAUGGGAUAUAGGGUAGUUUGGAAGGGGCCUCGAGUAUAGCAGCUGAAUUAAAACAAGAUAAUUUUCAUGGGCAGGUUGUGUCCUGCAAUGAUAGGGAGAGAGGAAUGGGACAUUUACACUGUAAACAAAUAUUUUUAUGCCUGUUUAAAAAUUGUAACAUCUUCUAAGGGAACAUGAAAAUUGUUGUUUUACAAAAGUAUGACAAUUCCCUGCUUUCAUUACAGACAUAAAAAUGUCUGAAAGUGUGUGUAUAUAAUGUGGAUAAUGAUAUGUGAAUAAUGUAAAUAAGUGCAUUUCAUGUGGUCCAGUGGCUUGAACUCGGUUUCUCUUCAGCAUCAGGCAUUCAUUAUUUGCAUGAACUCAGAACUGACUGGUGCACAGCCAAAAAGAAUCAAGGAGCAAUUGCAGCUGCUCUUCCUGCUGAAGACAGAAGGGACCAGCAGCUGAAAGUUGUUCUGAAGAGUUCUCUCAAGGGGAUUCAGAGAGCCCAAAAGCAGAAAUUACGCCCAAAUCCAGCCCACAUAGGCCACUAGACCCAGUAACUAGAAUAUGAUGGACUGAGUUUUUAAAGUUCAGAGUAACAUCUUCCUGUUUCCUAUUGUAGGAAGGACUUAGACGGUCCCAACUAUUGCACUUGCAUCCAUGCUCAGCUGUGAUAUGUGUAACUGUGUCAUGUGCCAGGAGGUGGCACUAAUUGGUUAACAUUUUUCUCAUUCUGCAUGGAUAUUUCUCACUUGGCUUUUCUGUGAAUUUGUCAACUAAGCAAGUCGCCCAAGGCUUUGAUAGGUCCCAAUCUUUUAAGAUGAUUUUUGAGAAUCUGCCAUCAUUAUCACUGAGAAGCAAAAGUGUUGCUCUUGGUUCCCAAAACUGCUACCAGCCAGAAGAUCCUAUCUUAAAUGACUGCAGACAGAAAAGCAUCCUGGAAACAUUUUAAUUCUGUAUCUUGUCCUUUCCAUCAGCCAUAGCCAAAGUGCUCAAUGACGAAGCAUGAUGGGGAAGUGGUAGUUCAUUGACAUCUAAAACAAAGCUUCCCCAGACCUGAUGUGUUUAUGUAUACUUCAGAUUAUAAUAGGACAUUGACUUUUCUGGGUCUUAGGGGCUCAGGGCUCGUACAAAAGUUGCAAAACUUUGAAUUUUAAAAACUGACACCCCCCCCCCCCCCCGCCCCAGAGAACAACUCUUUAGGAAUCCUAAGGUCCUCCAGUAUGCUACUGUGCUCAACCAUAGAGACCAUAGAGUCAUCCUGGAGACCCCUUCCAGAUAAUUAAGAUUCUCCUCUUCUUCAGCCCCUCUGAAUUCUUUCAGUCCUCGGUUUUGACAAGUACAUAUGUUCAUACUGAAAAGCAUUAUUUACCCCUGUAAUUUUGCUAUUUUAUUAUGAAUAUCUAAGCAUACUGCCCAAUGAUUUAUGGUAUGAAUCACAAAAUCAAUUGGAAUUGAACUACUGAUUUCAGCAAGAUGUGGAUCUAUAUAUAUAUAUAUAUAUAUAUAUAUAUAUAUAUAUAUAUAUAUAUAUAUAUAUAUACACACACACACACACACACACACACACACACACUCAUUCCACAGUUCUGUAUGUUCAAAUUCAGCAAAUCAUUAUGAUUCCAUUUGUUAAAAAAAAAAAAGAUCUUUCAGAAUUGUAGAGGAUGGGAAAUAUAGGGAAGUUCUGUAAAGAAACCAAUUUAUUAAUAUAGAUAUUUCUUCCAACUUAUAUUAAGUUGAAAUAUUUUGAAUGAAUUUAAAAUUAAGAAGAAAAGAUUUGUUCUAGAUAUUUUGAACACUCCAGUUUAAUCUUUGGAGGAAAUCUUUUGAUCCUCCACUCCUUGAAGCAAACCAUAGCAAAGGAGAUAAACUCCAGUUCUGUGGUACAUUGGAAAGUUCCUUUUUAAAAGUACUACCUGUACUUUUAAAGAUCUGUACUACCUAGACUUAAUAUUUGCAGUUUAAAAAAAAGGUUUCUUUUAGCUUUCUUUUUGUUUAAAAGCAUCUAACAUUGUUACUGCAACCCCCACCCCAAAAGACAGCAAUAAGCUGUUGGCCUAUGAUACAAUAAUAUCUAUAUAUUUUGGUGAAAAUCUAAAUGUAACUAAAACUAUGUUACAGUUACACACAAAAGCAACAAAGGUAUCUGUCAUUACAUUACAAUCAUAAGGUAUCUUACUUAUAUUUUAUUUACUGAAAAAAGAAAUCAAUAAUGAGAUUUUAACUAGUCAUUUUCAAGCUGUGGUUAUCCUGUAGCCUCUCUGGAGAUUCGUUUUCAAAUCUGAAGUUAAGAUUAAAGUCUAGGGCAUUUUGAAUAACAUAAUUUCUUAUGGUGCAUUCCUUGUUUUCAGAUAAGAGUGUUUUAAGAGACUGGGGCAUUCCCACUGGACUGCCUUUUGCAUUUGUGAGACAGACCCCAUUGUGAGGACUUCUAAUAGUUUUAAAGACUCAAUGUUAGUGGAACAUCAUGAAAAACCCCAUGGGAAAAAUGACCGGUUUUCUGUUUAGAGCUUUUGUGUGUGUGUGCCUUUAGAGUGAAUUGAGUUUAGAGUUUCAAGCUUUCCCUUUCCCAGGCUGUUCCUGGAUCAACCAGAUGAACUCAAACUUUAGAACCAAAACAGAAAGAUGGUCUUUUCUUUGACAUUUGUCUUCCAAGUCACACUUGCAGAGAAUAUUUUGAAUUGAAAUUUGAAUAUUUAGGAUUGAUAGAAAGUGACAUUGCUCCUUUAACUCUGUCCUUGAUCUUGGAUCUUUUCACCUGAAAGAUAUUCUUAGCAGAGGAACUCAAGACUGCCUUCACUGUGGGAGUGCCGAGCUUCCGUUCUUUCCAUCAUGCUUAUGUAGUAGCAAUAAUAUUUGUUGCGGAACAAGCAAGUGACUAUGGCUGCCACCUAGUGCAUAGCAAAGUGCAUUUAAGCCCCGCCAUUGUGAGUGACAUUUGCAGCCUAUGCAUGCUUACUUGAAGGUCCUACUGACUUCUACAGGACUUCUUCCCAAGGAAGUGUGCUUAUUAUUGCAGCAUUAAGGAUGCUUAGCUGUAUUAAUUGCACCUGAAAUUUGCAAAUAAAAUCUUCUACACUUUUGCAAACUUAGUAAUUUUCUGUUAUCUUGAUUAUUGGAAUUCAUAGUCUCAAAUAUCCCAGAAAUUGUAUGAAAAAAGACAUUUAAAUCCAAAUUUGUAUUUCUGAACAUUUUACACUUUACAGAGGCAAUAUGCAUAAUUAAUUCAUAUUGUAUCCUUUCUCGCUAUCUAAGGAUAAAUUGAAUUUGCGUGACACUGGUCUGCAGACAUAAUAGAUUUGGAGGAUGCCUCUGUUCAGCAUCUAGUGCUCCUUCCAAGCAGAUUUUUGUUUUUCAAUGAUGUUGUCUAUCUACUCUUUUUAUCCUGUACCUUUUACUAAACACUUUCUAAAUUUUUAUGGUAAAAUGUGUCUUCUGCCUGCAGUAAUGGCUUUGAACUUUGUAACACUUUGCUGCAGAUUUUUGGCUGAUAGACAUUGAAAAACUUAACUCUCCUGUAAGCUCUGUGUAUGAAUAACAUCUGUGAGCUUUUAAUCAUUGUGAAACCUGUUAAUAUGGCUCUUUUUUUUUUGCUCUCAUGUAAUUGUAUGACUAAAACACUGCAGCUGAAUAAGUAAAUGCCCAUCAAGAUUUAAGGGCUGUGUUGUCAGUUCAGGUAUGUCUUCUAAAUGUUAAUGUUGAUGGAGUUGCACUGAUUUACCCCAGCUAAAGAUCUCACCCUUAAAUGUUGAAGGUAUUUGCUAUACAAUUUUUUUGUCUUAUGUACAAACAUUUCCAUAAACUUUGUAUUUUCCUCUAUUUUAGUGAGUUUGUAUUACGCACUUGAAAAGCUUUAUCUCAUCUCAUGUAAAAUAAACUGUACAGUCCAUUAA